ACUGUCUACAUACACCAGAAAUUCAUUUUCUUUCAGCUUGUUGAUUUCUAUUAAACUGUGGCUCAUCCCAUUCUCAGUUCUGUUAAUUGUCAAUUUUCCUUACAGUUAAUUAUGGACCGCUGGCGUGGAGUUCUAAAGGUCCCAUUGAACCCUAAUGCCAGGACCUGCUACCGAGUUGCAGCAUCUCUUUGCCUUUCACGUACUUCCAAAACACUAUCUGUUCCUUCAGCAAAUGCUAUCUUUUUCAAUGGAGAUCGAGUAUCAGGCACUGGGAAUCCAGUGAUUGAGAGGCUAUCUGACUUACAAAAUAUUGCUGAAAUACUGGUCUCAAAGAUUGGUGAUUCGACCAAUGCUUGGGUUAUUGAUGCUUCUGUUUUCAAUGGGCCUUUUGCUGUGUAUCACGACUUUGUCCCGUCCAUUAAUCAAUGGGGAGAGCCGAAGUCAUACUGCCCUGUUGGAUCCCCAGCUUUUGGGUCGAUUAUUUCACUCUUAUCAAGUUGCCUUCAACAGGUCAAGAAUGACAUUGCGAGAGGGAAAGAACUGCUUAUACCAGGAAUAUCCGCAUCGCAUUUUGAUCUACCUAAAACAUUAUUCUUUGGAUUCAGCAAGGGUGGCACUGUACUUAACCAGCUAGUUACUGAGCUUGGCUUCUCAGAUGUUAAACCCUCUGGAGAUCCACCACUCUUGGAGGAAAAGGAAAUUGGUGUCGAAGACGAGAUUCAUAUAAUACCUAGAACAAAACAAAGCCUGUUUAACAGCAUCAGAGAAAUUCAUUACGUGGAUGUUGGAUUAAAUUCCCCUGGUGCAUAUAUCACUGACUAUAGCGUGAUUGAGAAAAUCUCCGAAUGCCUAAUACAAGAAGCUACAGGAAUCAAAUUUGUUCUUCAUGGAACUCCCAGGCAAUGGUGUGACAGCAGACGACCUUGGAUAUGCAAAGAAAAAGACAAAUUGGUUCAUCUGCUGGAGUCUGAAUCUCAGAGAAGUGGAGGAAAAUUACAGGUGUUUGAGAAAUUUUAUUUUGCUGAUAGCCCCCCGGAUUUGCAGAUGCAUUUUGAAGUAAUUGAUAAAUUGGAUUUGAAUUAACAGCUGUGAGUAGACCAAGAUUAUUGUAAUUAUAUUGUAAAAAAAAAGAGUGAAUGGAAAUAUUCAUUGGAAAACUGUUUAUCAUUCUUUUAUACAAGUGAUCUAUAAGACUGAAGGCCUCAUAUUCUGAUUCAUGUGAGAAAUUGCAA